AUGGCGGCAGGCUAUCUCAGGGUCGACGGCGACAAGAUCGUAGAUGGCAAUGGCCACCAUGUGGUUCUCCGGGGAGCAGCUAUUGGAGGCUGGAUGAACAUGGAGAAUUUCAUCACCGGCUACCCUGGGCACGAGUCGCAGCAUCGAGCAUCUAUGCGGAAAGUCUUGGGCGACGAGAAGGCCGAGUUCUUCUUCGACAAGUGGCUGGAAUACCACUUCACUGAGGCGGACGCUCGCUUCUUCGCCAGCCUGAAGCUGAACUGCAUCCGACUCCCCUUCAACUACCGGCACCUGGAAGACGACAUGAACCCUCGGGUGCUGAAGGAGUCUGGGUUCAAGCACCUCGACAGAGUUAUUGAUCUGUGUGCAAAGCAUCAGAUCUACACAAUUCUCGACAUGCACACCGCGCCGGGCGGCCAGAACCCCGAUUGGCACUCCGAUAAUCCUACCAACUAUGCCGCCUUUUGGGACUACAAGGACCAUCAGGACAGGACGAUCUGGUUGUGGCAGGAGAUUGCCAAAAGGUAUCGGGAUAACACAUGGGUGGCUGGAUACAACCCCAUCAAUGAGCCAUGCGAUCCCGAGCAUGUCCGCCUGCCGGCGUUCUACAAACGGAUCGAAGCGGCUAUCCGUGCCAUGGACAAUCAUCACAUCCUGUGGCUGGAUGGCAAUACUUUUUCGAUGGAAUGGAAAGGCUUUGAUGAGGUUUUGGCGAAUUGUGUAUACGCGCUCCAUGACUACUCGAUGAUGGGAUUUCCUACUGGCGAACGCUACAAAGGCACCGACGACCAGAACAGCAAACUGGACCGACAGUUCCUCCGAAAGGCCGCAUUCAUGCUCGAGCACAAAUGUCCCAUAUGGAAUGGCGAAUUCGGACCAGUCUACGCUGACCCAGCCGAGGACGAAGACGCAGAAGCCAUCAACCAGGAUCGGUACAACAUGCUCGGCCAACAGUUCAAGGUCUACGACAAGUACAAGAUUAGUUGGAGCAUCUGGCUAUACAAGGACAUCGGCGUCCAAGGAAUGGUGCACACAAGCCGGGAUUCGAAAUGGAACCGCACCAUCCAGUCCUUCCUGGACAAGAAGAAGAGAUACCGUCUGGAUGCGUGGGGGGUCCAUCAUGCGCCCGAGGCGGAAGCCGUUUUGAAUCCUCUCGUGGAGUGGAUUGACAAGAUCUGUCCGACAGCGAAGGAUGCCUAUCCAAGUCCAUGGCAGACUGAAAGGCACCUCAUGCGCGCCGUGAUCCAGACGUGGUUGAGCGCGCAAUUCUCGGACGAGUUUGCCAGACAAUUCGAGGGGAUGGAUUUUAAAGAGCUGGACGAACUGGCGCACAGUUUCCACUUUGACGAAUGUGUUCAACGGAAUGGACUGAACAAGAUCUUGAGCGAGCAUGCUCCUCAGUGA